GCACAAUCUUCGGUGCAACAACUGCCCGACAAUCCCACCCCCGCCGUCGCCCAGCCGCGGAGCUCCAAGAAGCGUUCUCGGGCCUCGCGCCGCGCCCCGACCACCGUACUCACCACCGACACCUCCAACUUCCGCGCCAUGGUCCAAGAAUUCACCGGCAUCCCCUCCCCUCCCUUCAGCGCCGCCUCCUCCUCCACCCUCUCCCCCUUCUCCCGUUCCCGCUUCGACCUCUUCCACUCCCCCGCCUCCUCCCUCCCCCCGCCUUAUCUCCGUCUCCGCCCUUUCGCCCAGAAACCUCCCACCUUUCCCUCCCUCAACCCUUCAUCUUCCACUACUAACACCGCCAUAAUCGAUGCUCUUGCUUCUACUGGUAAUACCAUUUCCAACGCCAAUGCCACCAACUCCAUUCCUAUAACCACUGCUGCUACUUGUACUACUUCGAAUUCCACUCACACUAAUAAUAACCACCAACUCCCUUCACCUGAUUUUGGACUCGGCAGCCAAAGCCAGACUCUUUUCAACCUCCAAAGCCAAGGCCCCAUAAUCAACUUCCAGUCCCUCCUCACCCACAAGGACGCUCUCCCCACCAUGCCGCCCUUCGCCACGAGGCCGCAGGCCGUUAUUCCAUCGGCGGAGUUUGCUGGGCUCCCGCCGGGGCUUAUCGGGUCAGAGGGCAUGCACUCGGGCUGGGCUCGUGCGUCGGGGCCGGAUGGCGGCCAGCAAGCGCAAGUGAGGGCGGUGGUUGGAGGGAACUACAAUGGUGCACAGCAAAGGGUGAGCAGCUGCAAGCUAAACUACUCGGCACCGGGCUCGUCCGAGUUUAACGCGGAGAAGGGAUCCGAGGGCGCGGCGGCGCGGGGUGAAGGUAUGGUGGACUCAUGGAUUUGUUCUUCUGAUUAGGAGAUACAGAGAUACAUAUAUAGAUGUAGGCAAAGAGGAAGGAGGAAAAGACAGCUCCAGAUUACUUAUUGGAGCUAUGGCUAGUACUUUUUAGUAUGCACCACUCUUUUCUUUUUAUUCUCUUCCUUUAUUUGUAUGUAAAUAGGGUUUCUCUCGUGAGUUCUUAUCAUUAUACAGCCUAUAAAGACUUGUUUGAUAACAGUUUUGGUGGGCUUCCUCAUGCCCCUUAUCUUUGUUUGAAGUGCAUCAUAUAUCCCUUGUUUCUUUA